ACAGAACACACAAUAACUAGACAAUGGAAAGCGUAAUGAAAUAGGAAAGGUCUCGUUUUGUGGUGCAGGAUUCUUGAAAUUGAUAAAUUCUGCUUAUUGAAUAUUCAACUCAAAGAGAAUUACUAGAAUAUGAAUUAAUAAAUUGUACAUUUCCGAAACAUAUAUAAUGGAUGCUACUGGAGAUCAGUUAAUUUUGGCCACAGGUGGCUAUGACCACUCAAUCAAACUGUGGCAAGCACAUACCGGCCACUGUAUACAUUCAAUGCGCUUUGUGGACACCUCACAAGUAAACGCACUGGACCGUACCCCCGAUAAAACUCGGUUGGCUGCCUGUGGAUAUCAGUGUAUACGCUUAUAUGACAUGGAAACCAGCAGCACUAGUCCGGUCAUAAACUUUGAAGGUGUUCAAAAAAAUGUGACGCGUCUAGGUUUCCAAGAAGAUGGUAAAUGGAUGUUCACAGCAGGAGAAGACCACCGUGUUCGCAUAUGGGAUAUGUUGUCAUCACAACCACACUGUUCACGUGUUUUUGACUGUCAGGCACCUGUAAAUGCCGCUUGCUUGCAUCCAAAUCAAGUUGAAAUCGCAAUGGGUUCUCAAAAUGGUGGGGUAUAUUUAUGGGAUGUGAAAUCUGAAGUUCACGAUCAGCUUAUACCAGAAGUAGAUGCGUCCAUACAAGAUGUGGCAAUCUCACCUGAUGGCCAAUAUAUGGCAGCCGUUAAUAAUAAAGGAAACUGUUAUAUUUGGUCGCUAAGUUCGUCGCCAAACCAACAGUUGAGCAUACUUAAUCCCAAACUAAAAAUAGCCGCGCACAAACGUUAUGUGCUGCGCUGUAAAUUUAGCCCCGACUCACGACUGCUAAUAACUACCUCAGGCGAUGGAACUGCAAGAAUCUGGGAGACUGAACAUUUUACUAUGUGGCGUGAAUUGAGCGUAGAAAACUAUUGGGUGUGGGAUGCCGCGUUCAGUGCCGACUCCAAAUAUGUAUUCACCGCAUCGUCGGAUGGUAUAGCUCGCUUAUGGAAGCUACAAACGAAGAACGCGGAACGAAAGUACACGGGUCACACCAAGGCCAUCACCGCUUUAUCAUUUAAAGAUGAGAUCGUCUCAGAAUAACAGGAAGUUAAAGGGAGUGAAACGAACGGCGCGUGGUAUGAAGCAAGAAAUCAAUAUAAUCGCCGCAAAGAGAAGAGAAGUAAACGAAGUGGUGGAUUAUGUUGCUUAUUUACUGCGUACGUUAGCGGUAUUUGAAAUUCAAAUAUAUCUGAAGGCAAGAAUGUAUUUCGAAAUACACAACAUUGGAAGGUGCGAUUCCCACUUUUCGAUAGCAGCACUUUUCUCCUAUUUUAUUGAAAGUAUAUAGAUAACAAACUAAAAUCUAAAUGAAUACCGAAUUAAGUUAAAUUUAAUAAUAUUUAUAAAAACAUGCUGAUGCAAAUAAAAUGUUUAAUACCAUUUUAAUACAAAAAA